AUGAAUAACUCAAGAGACUUGAAUUUGCCCCACGACAAAUCGCAUCCGACUGAGAACUCCAGUACGGUUCCAGAAAACAACGCUACGUCUUCUUCGCUUUUGGAGCAGUUAGUGUACAUCGAUAACUUCAUGCAUACCAACUCUGGUAGCACGGGCGAGCCUACACCUAAUUUGGACAUGGACGGGCAGUUGUCACUCGAUUUGGCUGCGUUUGCGGACGACUCGUUUAUCUUUCCUGACGAGGACAAGAAGCCCAGUUCACCGUAUUUGAACAACAAUCAUGGAAAUAAUGGUAAUGAUGACUUUUCCAAUCAUAACCAGAACGGUUCCGGUAAUAGCAACGGGCGUAAGAUACCCAAUAACGACUUGAACGGAGCCUUGGACCAUGAUCUUAUCGGGAACCACAUACCAGGAACCAGUGCUAGCCAUGGUAAUAACGACUUCCACGAACAUCACAACGGGUUUGGUGAACCUCCACAUCCGAAUGUUAACGUAUCCAGUUUGCCUAAGUGGCCUGUGCCCCCGGGUGCAAAGUCUUCGCUUGAAUCUGCAGGGCUCUCUCAAAAUCAAAUCGAGCUAUUAUCGGCCUUGGUGGCACAGCACCAACUGAACUUGCCUCCUACUCAACCAGCCGCACAACCACACAGAGACACCACUCGAUCUCCUAGCAUCACAGUUAGUGUAGAUGGUGGUAAUGAUGGUCAGGGUAUCAGCGAUGCUGCCAAUAGCGCGGCAAGCAAUUCUGAUGAACACAGUCAUGAGUCUGAGUUAGACAAACGUAGGCGAAACACAGCCGCAAGUGCAAGGUUCCGUAUCAAGAAAAAGAUGAAAGAAAAGCAAAUGGAGGAUAGAAUACAAAGCUUAAACGAGUUGAUAAAAACGUUCGAAUCUAAAACACAACAGCUUGAAAUGGAGAAUAAGCUAUUAAAAAAUCUUAUUAUAGAAAAAGGGAGUCAAAAAUCAGAAUAUGAGUUGAGAAUGUUGAAGGAAAGAGCAAGACAAUAG